CUUUCAGAUAGACCCGGAGUAAAAGAGUGCGGUGGGCGGGGCCGGGGUGGGCGAAGCUCCGCCCGCAAACACAAAAAUCCUGUCGGGCUGACCGCUCGUAACACCGGCGUGCAGGACCGCAGGCGGGCGCAUGCUAUACCGAAAGAGGCGCAUAGAGGCGCGGCGAGGAAACAACGGCCAUCCAGGACCACCGAGCGGCAUCCUCAUCCAUCCCAGAGCUACGCAACAGCUUUAACAUGGAGCUCGUGAAAUACUAUCACACCGUCGACACGUGGGUCAACGCUGCAGUGGAUUAUCAAUUUGGAGAGAGAGAUCCGAGAGUACGAGGAUGGCUGAUGUUGGACUCCUGCACACCUACCCUGAUCCUCACCUUCAUCUACCUCCUAAUAGUCUACCUGGGACCAAAGUACAUGAAGAAUCGGCCAGCAUACUCGCUAAAGAAUGUUCUACAACUCUACAACUUCGUAGUCACCAUGCUCUCACUCUAUAUGCUGGUAGAGCUAAUUUCAGCAACCUGGUCAGCGGGAUACCGCCUGAAAUGUCAAGCCCUUUUUGAAGCAGGGGAGGGUGAUGUCAGGGUGGCAAAAGUGCUGUGGUGGUACUACUUUUCCAAGCUAAUAGAGUUUCUGGACACCAUCUUCUUUGUUCUGAGGAAAAAGAACAAUCAGAUCACCUUCCUGCACGUGUAUCACCAUGCCUCCAUGUUUAAUAUCUGGUGGUGCGUCCUCAAUUGGAUCCCUUGUGGACAAAGUUUCUUUGGGCCCAUGCUGAACAGUUUCAUCCAUGUGCUGAUGUACUCGUACUACGGGCUGUCCACCAUCCCCUCCAUGCAGAAGUACCUGUGGUGGAAACGCUACCUCACACAAGCUCAGCUGAUCCAGUUUAUAUUAACUAUAACGCACACUCUCAGUGCAGCAGUUUUCCCCUGCGGAUUCCCCUUUGGCUGCCUGAUGUUUCAGUCCAGCUACAUGGUCACACUUGUCAUCUUGUUUGUCAAUUUCUAUUUGAAGACAUACAGAAAAAGGCCAGCAAGAGAUGACAAAGAUGCAGAGAAGGUGAAAAAUCACACGAAUGGCAUCUCGUCCAGCCUCAACGGAGCCAAACAUAAGCUACAGUAAACUAAAGGAGAGAACUUUUUAAUAUUCAUAUUCUCAAACCGAUUAUGCUGAGACACUAAUCUGAUAGCAGGGGAUAAUCUUCUGUAAUUAUGCUGUAAUUUUUGUAUAGAAUACUUUUUUUAACCCUCCUUUUUGUACCAUGUUUUGGUUUAUUCCUCUGAAGACUUGACAGUAACUCAAUAUUCUGGGCAUUCUGAAGUCGUAGUCAGAAUCACUGUUUAUGUAUACAUAUAUUUAUCACAGCAAAUCAUAGUCCAUCAUUCACAAUUCCAUUUGUCUUAUUUGUCUGAACUAAUCCUCCACUGAUUACCACCGUAGUAUUGUUGAGAGAACCGCUGUCUGAAAGAUGCCUUAGAGCUCAGUUAUUUUAGUAAUGUGAGGAAGAAUGUUUGGUAAAGAAGCUGUGAACGUUCGUAAGCAUGUCUUUGUGCAUUCAUAACAGCAGUGCCUUGUGGAAGUGUUCGAAACAAAACAAAACAGAAAACGUUGGCUGUUAUUAUAGAUUUCUUUUGCCAUGUUAUACAUUGCAUACAUUGCAUUUUUCUCAGUUUUUUUAGAUGCAUUUCAAUUUAUUCAUGCACCCCUCAAUUAACCCCUUAAUUAUGGCCUUGUUUCCCCAAAGCAUCCAGAUGUUAAGAUAAGGUUGAUGCUUUGUGGUGUUUGUCACAGUAACAGUUAUCAGGAUUUGGGGGGCUUUAUGAACUCCUUUUUAGGGCAUUGUUUUUAAAUGUGGUUUUAUAUAGUAUAAUCUUUCAUGGACAGCAGUACAACAGAUUGUAGCCUUUUAUUUACAUUUACUUACUCAAGGGUAGCUCUAAGCCUUUAUACUAAACUAAGCCUUUAUAAAAAAAACAUUCACAUGUCUAUAUGGAAUUUUGUUUCAAAUGUAUUUAAUAUUUUACAAUUCUGCAUAGUUUUGUAAAAACAGCACAGUACAUUAAUUUUCCGCUGAGAAUGUGAAUGUAGUGUUCAGCUAAGUUUCGUUUAGCUCACACCCAGUCAGACUUAAAUGGCCCUUAAAAGGAACAUUUCUGUCAUUUUGUUUGACUUUUGGGCUGUGCUUUGCUAUACAGAUUGAUGACAGUUUAGGAUUUAAAGGACUACUCCAGCUUUGGCUGUUUUAAGCUAAUGGACUGUGUACUGUGUCUUUUUUUUUAACAGUUAAACACAAUGAAUUUACUGUGAAUAAUUUAACCACAUCAAUACUGUUAUAUUUAACCAAACAAUAUGGAUGUGGUACAUCAUUCAUUUAAGAUUGAAUAUUAGUGUAUAUUGCUGUUUGAGGCCCACUGAUUUCCUUAUACCUCACGGCUGGUUUCUUUUCCACCUCAUUUGAGUUGGGUGAAUGUUGCCCCGAGACUGCAGUACUUCUGAGGUGGACGAGAACAGGUCGAUUCACAGACCUCUCAAUGACACUGUUUAAAGAGUAGAGAAAUGUAGCUCUGUUUCUGGACCACAAUCCUGCUGAACUUCAGGUUUUAUAGUUUUCAUGCUGUAUCUACACUGUUCUGUCCUGUUUCACUUUGAAUUUCUGUUGAAUUUCCGAGCAGAAGUGAUGAUUUGCAGCCUGAGUGCCAGAGUUUUCCCAGUACCGUUUGUUCCUGCUGUCUCUGUGUUCUGUCAGUGUUACACUGGGUCAGAGUUUUGCUUAUGGGCUAUAUUUCGUCAGCUCUCUGCAUGGCUGAUUAUGUAUAUUUUCAGAUUUGCUUUUAGCCAGUUUACCUGCUGUAAGUUCUUUCUCUAUUUAGUAGAGAAUAGGUGCUAAGCCCAGUUUUGUUUUAUGCUGCUCUUUCAGAAAUCCAUGAAUGAUGGCUAUAUGCUGAAUAUUCUGUUAUUUGUUAUUGUCAUUGGUUCAGACUGCAACAACAUGAGCAAAAGUACUGCCAAAACUCUGCAACUCAGCCUGGUUAACGGUGCCCCCCUAUAGGCCUCACUUUUCAAGUCUGCUUUCUUAUUUAGGGUACAGUUCAGUGACACUGUUUUUAACUGGUUCUGUAAGAAUACUGUAUAUUUUUCUCUACAUUAGAUAAGAAUGUUGGAUUAAUUUUCCACUGUGUAAUGGUUUUUAACUAUUUUAUGUUAAAGCUCAGUACAAUUAAAGACUCAAAUCUGAGACAAAUCAAGGUAACACUAAACAAUAUGUGCCUAUACUUGAGUCUGGCAAUUUUUCUGUCAAAUAUCUGUUAUUUUCGCCUCACUUCAUGUAUAUGCUUGUUUUUAUGUUCCUUUGAAAAAUAAACACCAUAGAUAUUUGCAAGA